AAACAUAAACGAAGAAAAAUGGAGAUAUUAUCGCAAAUGUGGUCUCUGUUAGGGUUACUCACAGUGCUCCAAAACGUUCUUCCAUCGCAGCUUCUCUCUCUGCUUCACUCAUUAUACGAAUCUCUUCAAGAUUUGCUUUCUCCAUAUUCCUAUUUCGAGAUUCCAGAGUUCAACGGUUACUGCGGCGUCGACCUCAACGAUCUCUACCGUCACGUGCACCUUUACCUCAACGCCACGAACCACUCCCCUGCCGCCGCGUGCCGUCGAUUAACGCUCUCCCGUUCGCCGUCGUCGAACCGCAUCUCCUUCGCGGUGGCGCCGAACCACACCGUCCACGACGCCUUCCACGGCCACCGCGUCACGUGGACGCACCACGUCGAAACCGUGCAGGACUCGCUCGAGGAGAAGCGGAGCUUCACGCUCCGCCUCCCGAAGCGGCACCGUCACGCGCUCCUCUCGCCCUACCUCGCGCAUGUGACCGCACGCGCGGAGGAGUUCGAGCGCGUCUCAAGAGAACGCAGGCUCUUCACGAACAACACCGGGUCUGGGUCGUUCGAAUCGGGUUGGGUCUCCGUCCCGUUCCGUCACCCUUCCACGUUCGAAACACUAGCGCUAGAGCCGGAACUGAAGAAGCAGAUAAAAAACGAUUUAACGGCGUUUGCUAACGGUAAAGAGUUUUAUAACCGGGUCGGUCGAGCAUGGAAACGCGGGUACUUGCUCCACGGUCCACCCGGGUCGGGUAAAUCAAGCCUCAUUGCAGCCAUGGCGAAUUUCCUCUGUUACGACGUUUAUGACUUGGAACUAACUAAAGUCUCUGAUAACUCCGAGUUACGAUCGUUACUUAUCCAAACGACGAAUCGUUCGAUUAUCGUGAUUGAGGACAUUGACUGCUCCGUCGACUUAACGGCCGACAGAACGACGAAGAAAACGCAAGCGAAAAUGUCGCUAAAAACGAAGAAGGAGAAAGCGGCGUCGUUUUCUCGCUCGGGUUGCGAGGAGAGUGGACGGGUCACGCUUUCGGGGCUUCUGAAUUUCACGGACGGGUUAUGGUCAUGUUGCGGGGAAGAGAGGCUCGUGGUGUUCACGACGAACCAUAGGGACAGCGUGGACCCUGCGCUCGUGCGAUUCGGGCGCAUGGAUGUCCACGUCAGCCUCGGCACGUGCGGGGUUCACGCCUUUAGGGAGCUGGCGAGGAACUACCUCGGGGUGGAAACGCACGCGCUGUUCGAGGCCGUGGAGGGGUGCAUUCGCUCUGGUGGGUCCCUCACGCCUGCUCACGUGGGAGAGAUUUUGCUGAGGAAUAGAGGGGAUGCUGACGUGGCGAUGAGGGAGGUGGUCGCCGCUAUGCAAGGGCGGAUGUUCGCCGCCGCCGCCGCAGCAGACCAGACGGAUAAUGAAGAGACUCCGGUGGUCGGAGUUAGGUCGCCGGAGAGUGUGCUGUUGAUGGGGUCACCGGAGAAUUGGGAUUCGUUGAGUGGGAAGAAGAGGAAGGAACAGCAUGGGUCCAAUAAUUUGGACAAGAAGGUCAAGUUUUUUGUGAGGUUAAGGUCGUUGACCAGAUCUGACACCGGUAGAUGA